AUGGCGACGAACCCCGCUAUUGACCAUCAACACUCCGCCCCCGACACCCCGUUUAGAGAAAUUUCGCACAUAAUAAUCAUUCCAAACAGCGGGUUUGAAGUCGGUACACUUCAGAGUAGUAUCUCCGUGACUCACCUAGAAUUCGUGGCAUCCCUCUCUCAGGGCAUCUGGCGAAGAAGCAGCUUUGAGUGUGUUUGGUGA